GGGGCCACGUCAGCGGGGCGGCGGGGGCGGUGGAGAGUAGGUCGCGGCAGGCGCCAUGCGGCGGGGCGCACUCCUGGCGGGCUCCCUGGCCGCGUACGCGGUCUACCUGGUGCUGGGCGCGCUGCUGGUGGCACGGCUGGAGCGGCCUCACGAAGCUCGCCUCAGGGCCGAGCUGGAGACGCUGCGCGAGGAGCUGCUGCGGCGCAGCCCGUGCGUGGCCGCCCCGGCCCUGGACGCCUUCGUGGAGCGGGUGCUGGCAGCCGGACGUCUGGGGCGCGCCGCGCUCGUCAACGCUUCGGGGCCCGCCAACGCCUCGGACCCCGCCUGGGACUUUGCCUCGGCGCUCUUCUUUGCCAGCACGCUGGUCACCACCGUGGGCUACGGGUACACAACGCCGCUGACCGAUGCGGGCAAGGCCUUUUCCAUUGCUUUCGCGCUCCUGGGCGUGCCGGCCACCAUGCUGCUGCUGACGUCCUCAGCCCAGCGCCUGUCGCUGCUGCUGACCCACGCACCCCUCUCCUGGCUGACCACGCGCUGGGGCUGGGGCCUCCGGCGGGCAGCCCGCUGGCACCUGGUGGCGCUGCUGGGUGUAGCCGUGACCGUCUGCUUCCUGGUGCCGGCCGCCGUCUUUGCCCACCUGGAGGAGGCCUGGAGCUUCCUGGAUGCCUUCUACUUCUGCUUCAUCUCCCUGUCCACCAUUGGCCUGGGUGACUAUGUGCCCGGAGAGGCCCCCAGCCAGCCCUACCGGGCCCUCUACAAGGUGCUGGUCACAGUCUACCUCUUCCUGGGCCUGGUCGUCAUGAUGCUUCUGCUGCAGAGUUUCCGUCACGUGUCGGACCUUCAUGGCCUCACGGAUCUCAUCCUGCUGCCCAGUCCGUGUCCUGCCAGCUUCGGCGAGUCUGAGGAUGAUCAUGUGGGCAUUGUAGACCCCCAGCCAGAACCGCACCAGCAGCUCGCUGCCGACACCCACCCUGACUACGCCUCCAUCCCCAGGUAGCCGGGGCGGGUGCCCUGAGGCUGGUGGGACCCGGCCCGUGGCUGAGGGGCCCCCGUGACUGGAGCGGCUCUAUUGGACCAUCCUUGAGCACAGGCCUGUGUUCGCAGGGUUCAUGAGGCAUUGCCACCAGCUGUCCGUCCUUUGUUGUACCUGUCCCAGGCUCCACGGGCGCCGCCAUGGCCCUGUUUUAGGAUCCCCCUCCCUGCCCCUUCUCUUACUCCCCUAACUCUGGGCUCUCUGGCUUUCCUUCUCACUCUCUCUGUGUCUCAUUCUAUCACUGACUCCAUCUGCCUCUCCCUCAGCCACUCUUCACUGGCCCAUUCUAGCAGUUUCUAGGCUCAGACCUCAUGUCUGGCACCCGAUGGGUCACUAUACUUUGGGCAAGUGGCUGCCCCUGUCUGGGCUUUGAUCUCCUCAUCUGUCAAAUGGAAAGAAUAUAUUCAUUCAUCUAGAACUCCCUCUGGGCAGGCUCUAGGCUGGGCAGCGUGAGGGACCCAGGAGCAUUAAGGUGGCCCUGGGCCCGGCUCUCCAGGGUUCCCAGUCCAGUGAGGAAGACAGAUCUGUCCCCACAUAGCAGCCACCCAGUAUAGGCAGGACUUCAAGGAGGAGGCAGAGAGGUCAGCAGUGUGUUCCAGAAAGCAUAGGUGGAGGGGGCGGGGUUGAGGGGGAGGAAGCACAGAGACUGGGCCCAGUCCAGCCUGCAAGGUCGGGGAGGGCUUCUGGAAGAAGGGAUAAGGACUCAGGGGAAGGUGGUGGACCCGACUUGUUUUUCUCAAGUGACGCUAGGGAGCAAGAUCUGUGUGGAGGAGCCCGGGCAUAGGCCUGUGGGACAGAACCCUCCUUGGCCACCCAACCGGCUGGAAGCUGAGACAGGACCCAGCCUGGAUCCGGACGGCGCAGACAGCCCUGCUCUGAGCUGAGACCCCUGCUCCAGCUGUCCCCACCCUCCCGAGGCUAACUGUAUAAGGUACACUGGCCUCUGGAGCCAGUCUGCUUGGGCUCAGAUCCCAGCUCGGCUGCGUCCUGCCUCUGUCCUCGGGCAGUCACUUCACCUCUGUGAUUCUGAGUUAUGUCAUCUGUAAAAUGGCCACAAGAACAGUAAUUACUUCCAAGAUGAUGUCACAGAGCCGGCCCCGGUAUUCUGUGCUUUCUUUGGCCAGGCCCUGCUCCGGGUACUUUCCAUACGAGGAAGGUAACAUCCUCACCUUUUUCGGCAGAUGAGGAAACUGAGGCACAAGAUCUCAGACACAGAACUAGGAGGUGACAGGUUUUCUGUGUACUGGUACGCAGCUGGUACGUCAGAGCACUUGCUGCCAUGGGCCCAUCUACUGAACCAUUCCUCUGCCAAACCCGGUGGAAGUUACGGAAGGGAUGGGGCAUUUGAGCCGGACCUUGAUAACAUUCAGGAAGAAAGGGCAUGGGAGGCACUCCAGGCAGCGGGAACUGUGUGUGUUUGGAGGUAGGAAAGCCUGUCAAUGUCAGCUUCAGGCAAGUGGUUUACUGUCACCGGAAUAUGGCGGGGGGGGGGAGGAGGGAGGAGCGGUGGACAUGGGUGGAUCUUAAGUGUCCUUAAAUGACCAGUUUGGGAACCUGGCCUCUUUCUUGAAGGCACUAGAGAGCCAUGGAAGGUUUUUGAGCAGGAGAGGGCUGUGGUCGGGUUUGGGCUUUAGCUGCUGUGUGGAGGUGGACCAGAGGGGGAGACUGAGCUGGGUGCACAGGGGAG